GUAUUAUCUGUAAUAAAUCUAUUAACAACUUUUUUUGUGUUUAAAAAAAAAAAAUUAAAUCAAAAACAAAUAAACAAAUAAUUUAUUUUUUUAUUGGUUUUUUUAUUUUUUUUUAAUAAAUAAUAAUUAUAAUAAUAUUUUUUAUUUUCAAAUUUUUAAUUUUUUUAAUUAUUUAUAUCAUUCAUUUUUCAUUUUCAUUUUCAUUUUUUCAUUAGAUUAAUUAUUUUAAAUAAGAAAUAAAAUAAUUAUUUUUAAAAAUAAAGAAAUGAAAGUAAUUGUUAUUUUUAUAAUUUUAAUUCAAAUACAUGCAAUUUUAUCAUAUGAUCUAUGCUUUUCAAACCCAAAGAAAUUGCCAAUAGGAUCCAAAUGUCAACAUCACAGUGAUUGCCAGUUACCAUUGUUUUGCGGCUCAAGUGGAACAUGUAGUAAACCAAUUGACAAUGACAAUGAUAAAUGUAAUGAUAAUAGAGAGUGUGGUCCAUACCGUGUUUGUCAAAAUUCCCACUGUAAAGAUAUUUUAAAUGUAGGUGAAGCUUGUGACGAUAAAAGUUACUGUAGCUCAUCAUCAUGUAUUAAUGGAAAAUGUGCAAUAGAUGAUAGAGACUGUUGUAUUAGUCAAGAAACCUGUAGAUUCAAUCAGUAUUGUUCAAUGGCCUCCAACGAAGCUAAAAAUGCAACUGGUAAAUGUAAACCUGUAGGAUCAGAAGGUUCAAAAUGUACCAUAGACAAUCAAUGCCCAAUUACCCAUUUCUGUGUUGAUGGCCAAUGUAUUAAAAAGUAUUCCAAACCAUUAGCUGCUACAUGUAAGUCAUCAAGAGAAUGCAGUGUUUUCAAAGGACAUAUCUGCGAUGCCAAAACAAAUAAAUGCGUAGUUUACAAAGAGUUUUUAAAGAAUUGUUCAAGCACAAGUGAAUGUGGUACCGGUAUGUGUAUGUGCAAAAGUGAAGGCGAUAAUGUUUGCGUCGAUGUACAAGUUGGUGCAUUGAAAUCAGAUAACUGUUUAAGCUAUUUAGAUUCAUUCGCAAGUUGUAUGAAGAGAGAAGGUUGCCUACAUAAUACUCCACACUGUCCCAAAUGUUUCUCGAUCUGGAUGUCCUAUCAAUAUGAAUGUUUCUACAUUAAUCAAUUCUAUAGAUCUGGUUCUGAAUAUUACAAAUCAUUCUGGUUACAACAACCACAAAAAAAGUUACCAAUCCAACAAAAACAAUAAUAGUCCAAAUUAUUAAUUAAAAUUUAAAUAAAAGUAAUACUACUUUUGUAACUUAUUUGUUUUAAAUAUAAAUAAAUUAAUUUAUAUAUGUUUUAUU